ACCCUGACAGCUCGCUGAGCGUCAGCAUCCCCGAACCGUCCCCUCUGCGGGUCCUCCUGGGGACCUCCCUCACCAUCCCCUGCUACUUCAUCGACCCCAUGCACCCCGUGACCACCGCCCCCGCCACCGCGCCCCUCACCCCGAGAAUCAAAUGGAGCCGCAUCUCCAAGGAGAAGGAGGUGGUCCUGCUGGUAGCCACGGACGGGCAGGUGCGGGUCAGCGGCGCCUACCAGGACAAGGUCUCGCUGCCCAACUACCCGGCCAUUCCCAGCGACGCCACCUUGGAAAUUCAGAACCUGCGCUCCAACGACUCCGGGAUCUACCGCUGUGAGGUCAUGCAUGGCAUCGAGGACAGCGAGGCCACCGUGGAGGUCGUGGUGAAAGGCAUCGUGUUCCAUUACAGAGCCAUCUCCACACGCUACACCCUGGACUUCGACAGGGCGCAGCGGGCCUGCCUGCAGAACAGCGCCAUCAUCGCCACGCCCGAGCAGCUGCAGGCCGCCUACGAGGACGGCUUCCACCAGUGCGACGCUGGCUGGCUGGCCGACCAGACUGUCAGGUGA